AUGGUCACAAUUGAGUCAGCGUCUGACUACUACGACGUAUUCGAGAUCCUGGGGAAGGGCACUUUCGGGGAAGUGGUGAAAAGCUGGAAGCGGAGCUCCGGGGAGAUGGUGGCCGUAAAAAUCCUGAAGAACGACUCGUACAGGAGCAGGAUCAUCAAGAACGAGCUGAAGCUGCUGCAGACCAUGUCAGAGGUGGACUCGGAGGAGUCACACAUUGUCCAGUUCCACGAGUUCUUUCACGAUGAGCUCAAGUUCUACCUGGUCUUCGAACUCCUGGAACAAAAUCUCUUUGACUUCCAGAAAGAGCACAACUUCUCCCCUUUGCCAGUCCGGCACAUCCGCACGGUGACCACUCAGGUGCUCCGAGCCCUGGCCAAGCUGAAGGAGCUGUCCAUCAUCCAUGCAGACCUGAAGCCAGAAAACAUCAUGCUGGUUGACCAGGUCAGGUACCCUUUCCGCGUCAAGGUGAUCGACUUUGGCUCGGCCAGCAUCUUCAACGAGGUACGCUACGUCAAAGAGCCGUACAUCCAGUCCCGGUUCUAUCGGGCCCCAGAGAUAUUGCUGGGCUUGCCAUUCUGCGAGAAAGUGGACGUGUGGUCUUUGGGGUGUGUCAUGGCAGAGCUGCACCUGGGCUGGCCCCUGUACCCUGGGAACAAUGAGUAUGACCAGAUCCGAUACAUCUGUGAGACCCAGGGGCUGCCCAGGCCCACCCUUCUCAACGCAGCCCGGAAGGCCCACCUCUUCUUCAAAAGGGGCCAGCAUCAGGAGGCAGCCAAUACCUGGCAGCUGAAAACCCCGGCCGAGUACCUGGCAGACACCAAGGUGAAGUCAGUGGAGAGGAGGAAGUAUGUGCUGAAGUCCCUGGACCAGAUGGAGACCGUGAAUGUCCACAAGAUGAUCUACCCGGAUGCCGAGGCCUUGGCUGAAUACUUUGACCUCAGGAGCAUGGUGGAGCUCAUCAAGAGGAUGCUGACCUGGGACUCGCACGAGCGCAUCACCCCCAGCGCAGCUCUGAAGCACCCCUACGUCUCCACACAGCCGCUCAAGCAGAACUACAGCCUCACCCAGUACUACCAGAUCUGCCUGCGGAGCCUGCAGGAGUCCCUGAACAGCAGCAGCAAGACCGGGGAGGAAGGCAUGCAGCUGUACGGCGCCUUGGAGGAGGAGCACUUUUACGCUGCACAAGAGCCCUUCCAGGAGGGGAACACCCACAGCAUCCAGCGGACCACCAGCCAAAUGGACGACCUCAGCCUGGCCGAGGCAGGCCAGGACCUGCCUCUAAUGGUGUGGGAGGGAGGGGCCAGCAGGGGGCUUUACGAGCCCUUCCCCGGCCCGGCAGAAGCCGCUUCCGGCUGGCGCAAAACCCUCCACCCGAACUUCCCCCUGCACCAGGAGCAAGAGCCCAUCCUGGCUUAUUACAGGAACCGGCACAGCAGCCCCAAGCACCGCAGGGCCUCCCGGCACACACAGUCGGGCCUUGCCUUUGACAACCUGAUCCUGCUGGGGCAAAGCUCCCCCGAAGAGGCUGCAGACUGGGAGAAGAGGAGCGACAGCAGCAGGACAUCCCUGCCGGAGUCCAGCGCGAGGGAGGGCCCCGGCCUCUCCCAGGGCCUGAGGGGUUCACCCACUGGGCAGCCCCUGCGCGUCCGAGGAAGGGGCGCUGACUCGGGGAAAGAACCGCCGGGCUUCGAGGUGCCCCUCCCGGACUCCUCUGCAACUCUGCUCCGACAGAGGAACGCGGCCCCCCUCUGGGCCUCCCCUCCCGAAACGCAGAGCCGGAGGCCACCGGAUCCAGGGCCGGGCCGGGCGGAGGGGGGAGCCCUGUCCCCGGGCGGGGCUGCAGAGAAAGGCCUUCGGAGCGGCCGCCGCGGGACGGCAAAGGGUGCCCGGGCCGGGCGCCUUGCGACGGCGCAGGACGGCACUGACGCGCGCUCCCUUCUCUCUCUUUCUCCCCGGCAGCGAGCGCCCCCGGAGGUCUUCGAGCCGGCCGCCGCCCCGCUGCCCGGAGCCCACAGCUGGCAGCCCGCCGACAAGUGGCUGGCAGAACCCCGCUUGGAACGGAGCGCCCUGCAGGCGGCGCUGCACAGCCCGCGAGCGCGCCCGGCGCUGCAGCCCUUCCUGCCGCACAUCGCCAGCCACCAGUGA